AUGUCCCUGACUAAGAUAUCGCUCAAAAACCUCACGGCCAGAAUAUUCAUUUCUCCGCCUCCUGCUACGCUCGGUGAAUCAACUGCAGUUUUGAAGACACUUCAAUCAUUCGGUCCUGUUACCUCAUUCACCAAAGCUACUCCUGAGAGAGCUCGAACAGAUCCUUCCACAGGCCCUGCGAAGCAACAAGAGGUCGACGUGGUCUUUACUUGCCUAGACACGGUUCGGAAAGCCUGCGACGCAAGUCCAUUCAUGGUCAAAGUGAAUUUCCACCUCCCAGACCCCCAAAUUGAAGAUCCAUACAACGUGCGAAACCUCCAAUCCAGGAAACAACCUCAACCAAAAACCAUGACUUGUCAAGUCAAAGUUCAAGAUGAAGCUGAGCACCCGCAUAGCGGACAAAAUAUUCUGUCUAGUGGCUUCUCUCCAAGCAACAAGACUAGAUUAUAUCAAAGCAUUCUCGAUGCUGAUUCUCCGCCCGCUAUCACAGAUGGUCUCGGUGUCUUACACACUGAUACCUCACAUGUACUCUCAACUGCUCAUCUCAUCAAACCACCACCUGAUUUGAUGACACUGUAUCGUUCUCCGCCUCCACCGACCGAACCCGUGCAGAAUGGCACGACUUCGCCGAAUCCCACUGAUGCGAAUUGCCAUGAAUCAAGUCCAAAGUAA